AUGUCUGGAUACUCCUUUGUGCGUGACGGCCACCCGUCUCGUCACCAAGUCAAGUUCGAAGACAACGACCUUGAUUCUAUUGAGUCCAAUGGCAAUGAUGUGAACAUGGACCCUCUUGGACAACAAGACGCCGCUACAAAUGAGGCGGAUGAGCAGAUGAACGAAGCCGGGAGAAGUUCUGGCGAUGGACCAAACCCGGCUUUUAACAUAACAACCAACCGUACUGGAGAUGAACCGGAGACUCCAAAGGAUGGGCUGGUCCUGGGAGGUGGUCAAACAAUCAAACUUAUGCUUGUGCCGGACAAACCACCAGCACCUCCACCCGCUCCAGCGAAGGAGAAGAAGCCUCAUCCGCAGGCCAAGAUGAAGAAGUUUUGGAAGAACUUCGAUCCCGAGUACACUGGCAAAGUUACGCGCGUCCUUCCCGACCGCCUCACGGAGAAGGAUCUCAGCGCCGUGACACUUGUUGGUGAGAUCGCUCACAAGGCUGUCAAGUCAUACGAGGACGCCAAGGCAUCUUGUAUCCGAGAUGUGAAACGAAUCAUCAAGGAAUGCCGAGCCUCAAACCAGAAAUACACCGAUUCUCACUGGGAUAUCGAAAGAGAUCUGAAGAUCACGAGGAUCAGGGACUGUCUGGAUGGUCUGAUCAUUGAAGAUGACGACAAAGAAUAUCCGGCAGAUGCAAAGCGAGUCACAGAUAUCUUUGACGAACCGAAGUUCUAUGUCAAUGGUGUUUCCUACGACGAUAUCCUGCAAGGAUCGGCAGGAGAUUGCUGGUUCUUGGCCGCCAUUUCGACCUUGAGCUGCAACCAAGAAUUCAUCGACCGUGUUUGCGUCAUACAAGAUCAAGCCGUUGGAGUCUACGGCUUUGUGUUCCACCGCGAUGGUGAGUGGCACCAGUGCAUAAUUGACGACAAGCUGUACCUCCGCGCACCGGCAUACGACGAGAGCGGGGAUGUAGUCUUGGGACAAUACGGAAUUCGACGGCCAGACCAGGAAGAUCAGUAUCAAGAACUUUUCCAGCGCGGAUCCAAAUCAUUGUACUUUGCUCAAUGCCGAGAUCAAAACGAGACUUGGGUCAGUCUUCUCGAAAAGGCUUAUGCUAAAGCGCAUGGAGAUUAUGCAUCCAUCUCUGGCGGACAGACCGGAGAAGCAAUUGAAGAUCUGACUGGCGGCGUCACGACCGAGAUUUACACUACCAACAUUCUCGAUACAGAUGAAUUUUGGAAGAAUGAGCUCAGCCGCAUCGGAAAAGAUUUCGUCUUCUCUUGUGCUGCUGCACGCUGGCGCGAGUGGCGCCCAUACCUGGUGGCGAACGAAAAGAUCCGAGAGGAACGUCGCUCAGGAAUUGUCAGUCAGCACGCUUAUGCGGUCCUUGACACAUACGAAGGCCAUGGCCAACGGCUGGUCAAGAUCCGCAACCCUUGGGGCCGAAAGGAAUGGACAGGUGCCUGGAGUGACGGUUCCAAGGAGUGGACCGCUGAGUGGUUGACAAGGUUGAACCACCAGUUUGGUGACGAUGGUAUCUUCUGGAUGACUUACAAGGACAUGCUCAGCAAGUACAAAUACAUUGACCGGACUCGCAUCUUUGGUCCGGACUGGCACGUUGCUCAGCAAUGGAUGUCAGUCCAAGUGCCCUGGUCUACGCUGGACUACCAGACAAACCACUUCUCGAUCACCGUUCCCGAAGAUACGGAUGCGGUGAUUGUACUUUCCCAGCUUGAUGAGCGGUACUUCAAGGGAUUGCAGGGCAAGUACAAUUUCACAUUGCAAUUCCGAGUGCAAAAAGACGACGACGAUGAAGAGGAAUACCUCUCCCGCAGCAAGAUGAACUAUGAGCUCAUACGCUCUGUGAAUGUGGAAGUGCACCUGACAAAGGGUACUUAUAGCGUAUUGGUCAAAGUUGAGGCGCAUGCCACUGGACGAGAUGAGGUGGAAAAUGUCAUCCGAAAGAACAUUCACCGACGAGACAAAAUCACCCAAAUUGGCAAAUUGUACGAUCUAGCUCAUCAGAAGGGCCAGCUCCCUUCGCCCUCGUCGUCCGGCGCUACGUCAACUUCCGCAUCUGGAACUUCAACUCCUGUCCCCUUGGGAGCCAGAACUCCGUCCAGCUCGUCGGUUUCUUCGGCGCCCGCAGCAGCGGAUGAGGGCAAACAAGAUUCCGACGACAAUGAAAAAGACCCAAAUCGCAACCCAUGGAACGCAAGCUGUGUGGUCGGGCUUCGUGUGUAUAGUAAGCAGCCGGAGCUCGAGCUCAAGGUCGUCGUGCCAUCUAAAGAAGAUAUCCACGAGAUGCCGACACUUGAUCGAGACGAUGUGGCGAAGAGCGCGCUGGACGAGAUGCAAGCCGUUGCAGAGAAAGUCGAUGAAGUGGUUGGGGACAAGAAAGAAGGGGACGGUGAAGGUGAAGAUGGGCAAGAGGAAAAUGACGAGGCGAAACCAGACGAGGAAGAGACGAAGAAGGCCAUCGCCGAAAACGGGAGGCUACAUGUCGAGACUGACGACGACGACGAAGAAGACGACGACGAAGAGGAAGAAGGCAGUGAGGGCAGCGACGACAACGAUGACGAAGAGUAA